AUGCGGGGGCCCCCCACGAGGGCCCCCUUGGGGGCCCCCAGGGCACAGAGAGCAGCGGAGGGGGGGGGCCCCCUACGCUGCAGCAGUCCCCGUAGCCCCGUAUUCAUUCGUUUGUUCGCGGGGGCCCUCGUGCUGCUGCUGCAGCUUGCAGGCACAGCAGCUGUAUCAAGAGCACGGGGGGCCCCCCAGCUGGGGGCCCCCCAAAUAAGGGGCCCCCACUGGGCCUUUCAGAACCCCUUUGGCUCCUGCUUGCAAGGAAGGGGCCCCUGCUUGUCUGUGGUUGCUGCAUCCUCUAGACAGGCUGUACCCUUUUACAGGGGCCCCCUGGCGGGGGGGCCCCUGGGGGCCCCCCAAGGGAGGGGGCCCCUAGACCCCUUGCAGGAGGUGGGUUGGGGGGGCCCCCAGGAUAGGGGGGGCCCCAAGAGCUCGCUGCAUGCAAAGGGGCGGCCGGGGGGUGGUGGUGGUGUGGGCCCCAAGAAGAAGACGGCGCAGCAGAAGCAGCAGCAGCAGCUGCUGCUGCAGAAGCAGCAGCAGAAGCAGCAGCAGCUGCAGCAGCUCGGAGGAUUCGCAAAACACAAGAAGGCUAAGAAAGCAAAAGAAGGAGAGGGGGGCCCCCAGGGUACUACAAAGAAGACAGCUGCAUCUAGGGGCCCCAAAAGAGGAGCAGCAACAGAGGGGCCCCCGGGGGCCCCCCCCUACCUAGCAGCAGCCAACCUAAACGCCCGCGAUCUUCCUUAUGAUAUGGUGUCUGCGGAGGUGUUUGAGGUGUAUAAGUUAUUUGGCCGUCUCUGCGACCCCUUUCUCCCGCACGCUUCUCUCCCCCCUUCUUCUCGUCUCUUCUUAGAUCGUCUCUUCAAGGGUUUCACGCGGUGA